AUGAAGGUCACGACUGCUUUGGCCGUCCUCGGCUCUCUCGGCGCCGCGGCUGGUCGGAACAUCCCCCGCCAGAAUGUUGUGACGACCGCCAUUGUUUACUCCACCCAGCUCUACACCGUCACCUCCUGUGACCCGACAGUGACCAACUGUCCCGCCUCGGCCACCCAGGUGUCGACUUCCCUGGUCCCUCACCACACGACCACCAUCACUGGCUCCGAGGCUUCGGCGACGGAGCUGGUUUCCGAGGUUGAAAGUGCGGCUCCCUCGUCGCCCGCUGGUCCGGAGUACGAGGCCCCUUCCUCUGCGAUUGAGAGCACCCCCGUCCCGACCUCUGAGGUUUCUGGCGAGACCGCAUCUUCAGUUCCCACCCCCGAGGUCCCGGCCUCGACUGCUGAGGUCCCGGCUUCCACCCCCGAGGCCCCGGCCUCGUCCCCUGAGGUUCCUACCAGCGAAGUCAGCGGCGAGACUGCCUCGACGCCUGCUGUCCCGGUCGCUACUCCCGAGUACUCUGCGCCCGAGGGCCCUGUCCCCACUCCCAGCUCGAGCUCUUCGGCUCCCGCUACAAGUGAUGUCAGCGGCGAGACCGAGUCCGCUCCGGUCUCCACUCCUCAGUACCCGACGCCUGAAGCCCCGGUCCCCACUCCGAGCAGCGGCUCCGCCCCUGUGAGCCCUCCUUCGGUUUCUGAGGCCGCCAACCCGUCCACUCCGGGUGCCCCGUCCAUUGUGCCCACUCCUUCCUCGGCAUCCACCCCCUUUGCGCCGGCGUCUUCGGAUGUGAGCGGUGGCGUUCCCACCCCUCUGUCUCCUCCGGCCAUCAACACCCCUGUUACCCCGGUUGGAACUCCCAUUUUCACGCCGCUGGCCAAUGCUUCCACGACGCACAUCACCCAGGACGUGACCUCUGUCGUUUACAGCACCCAGUACUACACUGUCACCUCGUGCGCCCCUGAGGUCACCGACUGCCCCGCGUCAAGCGGUGUGUCUGCUGUCUCUGAGGCUCUGGUGCCUGUCUCGACCACUACGUACAAGACGACUGUCCCUGCUACUUCCGGCGUCAGCACGUCUACUGUCUACGCCACCCAGCUGAUCACCGUCACUUCGUGCGCUCCUGAGGUCACCAACUGCCCUGCCAGCUCUACCGCCAUCCAGACCGCUUUGGUGCCUCAGUCUACUACGGAGAUCACUACUCUGAUCCCCGUCAGCGCUGAGUCCACGCCUGAUAGCUCCUCCGGCGUCGAGGGCGUUGCCAGCACCCCGUCUCCCUCCGCUCCUCAGCCCACUUCGUACAAGACCAGCACUGUCUUCAGCACGAACUAUGAAACCGUGACUACUGACGGCGUCACCUCUGUGGUCACCUCCGUCGUUGCUGUGUCCACCACCGUGUGCCCGCUCACUGAGACCAAGACCAUCAGGACCUCGAAGCCCAGUGGAUCUGCCCCGGCCGUUUCCGGCGAGGUCUCCAGCGCUGUUGCUAUUCCUUCCACCAGCACUGCGCCCAACGGCGAGACGGUCAUCAUCACCGUCACCCAGACUCCUAGCGCGCCCGCUUCGUCGGAUGUCUCCGGAAAUGUCAGCACUCCUGGCGCUCCUGUCGAUGUGACCAGUGCUAUUGCUACGCCUUCGACCAGCACCGCCCCCAACGGCGAGACUGUUAUCGUCACUGUCACUCAGACCCCCAGUGCCCCUGCUUCGUCAAACGUCUCUGGAGAGGUUAGCACCCCUGGCGUUCCUGUCGGCGAAACCAAUGAGAGCACCAGCGCCGUUGUUUUGCCUUCGACCAGCACUGCCCCCAACGGCCAGACUGUUGUCGUCACUGUCACUCACACCCCCAGUGCGCCCGCUUCGUCUGAUGUCUCUGGUAACGUGAGCACCCCUGGUGUGCCUGUCGGUGGCUACAACCAGACCGUUAGCGUCGUUGCCACCCCUUCGACUAGCACUGCACCCAACGGCGAGACUGUUAUUGUCACCGUCACCGAGACCCCCGGUGCGCCCGCCUCCUCGGAUGUUUCCGGAGAAGUGAGCACUCCGGUCGUCGCGGUCACUGUCACUUCUUCUUCGACCUCGACCAUCUUCAGCACCGCUGUCAGCACCGCUGUGACCACCGAUGAGCAGGGCUCGACAUCCCAGGUCAUUGUGACCCAGGUCGUCUCCAUUGGCACCACCAUCUGCCCCGUCACCGCCACUGAGACCCUCGCGGCUUCGACCCCGGCUGGUUCCAUCCCUGCCGUUUCUCAGCCCGCCGGAACUCCCUCUGCUCCUGCUUCCUCUGGCGUUGAGGGCGUCGCCUCUGCCUCCACCCCUGUGCUGACCACGUUCUCUUCGACCUCGACGAUCUUCAGCACUGCCAUCAGCACGGUUGAGACCACCGAUGAGCAGGGAUCCACUUCCCAGGCUGUUGUUACCCAAGUCGUGUCCAUUGGUACGACUAUCUGCCCGGUCACCGCUACCCAGACGCCCGGCUCUCCUUCUGCCCCUGCUUCGUCUGGUGUUGAGGGUGCCACGUCCGCUCCUGGCGUGCCCGUCGGCGGCGAGACGGUCAGCGAGGUCCCUUCGCCUUCGACUUCUACGGCUCCCAACGGCCAGACCGUCAUCGUUACUGUUACACCCAGCGCCUCGCAGCCCGCUGUUUCGGGUGAGAGCGCCGUUCCUACUCCGGAGACCUCCACCGCUCCCAACGGCGAGACCAUCAUCGUUACUGUUACGCCUAGCGCCCCGGCCAGCAGCGAUGUGUCUGGUGAGGUCAGCACGCCAGUUGUUCCUGCUCCCUCCACUUCUACGGCUCCCAACGGUGAGACCGUUAUUGUUACUGUGACUCCCAGCGCCCCCGCGAGCAGCGGUGUUUCCGGUGAAGUUAGCACGCCCUCUGUUGGCGCAGUGACGACCACUGUGUCUGAGCAGAACCUUGUCACGGUCACGGUCACGAUCACUCCUACGGCCCCCGGCGGCAGCACUCUGCCCCCGACUGUCAUUACCCACACCGAGACUGCUACGCCCACCCCGUCGGCUCCCGGCAACACUUCUGAAGUCUCUGGAGAGGCAUCUACCUCUGCGUCUCAAGAAAUUGUCACGGUGACGUUCACAGUUACGCCUACCGCAGCUGAUGGCACUGCCCUGCCUCCCAACGUCGUUACCACCACGGUGACGCACACGCCGUCCACGCCCACCGCGCCGGUCAACGCCGAGUCCACCGCUGUCUCGACUAGCACCGCACCUAACGGCCAGACUGUCAUUGUCACCGUUACUCAAACUCCGACGCCCGUCGCCAGCAGCACCGUCGACGGCGGUGUGUCCAGCCCGGCUCCUCAGCCGCCGGCUGGCAACGAGACGAUCUACGUCACUUACACGGCCCCCAACGGCCAGGCUAGCAUCUCCACUGAGAUCCAGUCUGCCAGCCAGCCUGCUGUCACUCCUGUCGCCAUCGUCUCGUCCUCGACCUCGACCAUCUUCAGCACCGCUGUCAGCACUGCCGUUACCACCAACGAGCAGGGCUCGACCUCUGAGGUUGUUGUGACGCAGAUUGUGUCCAUCGGCACUACCAUCUGCCCUGUCACCGCCACCCAAACCCCUACCCCUGCUUCGUCUGGUGUCGAGGGCGUCACUGAGGCCGCGAUCACCUCUUCGUCGACUUCGACCAUCUACAGCACUGCUCUCAGCACCGCCAUUACUACCAACGAGCAGGGCUCGACCUCUGAGGUCAUUGUGACCCAGAUCGUGUCGGUCGGUACCACCAUCUGCCCGGUCACUGCUACUCAGACGCCCGCUUCCACCGAUGUUGAGGGUGCCACUGCUAUUCCUUCCAGCAGCUCCCUCGCUGGCGUGCCGCCGAUCUAUGGCAACCAGACCUUCUCGGUCCCGCCGCGCCCGAUCCAGACGCCGGUGCAGCCCUCGAACGUCACCGUCUUUGUUACUUACACGCCUGAGGCUCCCGUUGGCACCCCGGCGCUCCCCACGGUUCUGACCACCGUCAUUACUCCUGGUGCUCUCAACACCAGCCUCCCCAUGGCUCCUACCCCGACGGUGCUGCCGACGAUCCCCAUGGUCACUUCGGCGGGUGUUGACGGUGUUGCGUCCAUUCCGGGUGCGCCCCUCACUCCCCUCACCCCCAUUGCUGGUGUCACGACCUCGACCGUCUACACGCUUGAUUUCCAGACCAGCACGACCACCCAUGAGAGCGGUACCUCGACUGUUGUCGUUACCUCGGUGGUUCCUGCCUACGUGACCAUCUGCCCGGUCACGGCUACCGAGACGCCCGCUCCUACGACCCUGGUUACUGCCAAGCGUAGGGCCGCGAAGCCGUCGGCCCCCGUUUCGGCGGCCCCUGUCGAGAGCAAUGCCUCGACGUCUUCGUCCGAAGACAAGUCCGAGUCCGUCUGGGACAAGAUCGUCACGUUCUUCGUGGGCGGUACUCGCGAGAACUAG